AAUGGAGGAGUGUAAGAAAAAGAAAACUCCUGGCACUCAUUCUUUCUUGCUACGGAAUUAAAAGCUUUCUCCGCUUUUCUCCUUCUUUUUCUCUUGGGUGGUGUGUUCAGCGGUCGCCCUCAGAGGAAACAGGUCCCCCCCCCCGGAGGAAAUGGACUGAUCGGAACCUGCCUGUGACAUCGGCUCAGAAUCCCAACCUCACUUUGCAGUUGAGGCCAACCCCUGCCCUGCCUUUGGGUGCCUUAUCUGCAACUGCAAAGAGAGAAGACUGACGUCUGGGAAAAUGCAGUCAGCCAUCGAGGAUGACAAUUUCAAUGAAAAGGAGGAGGAAGCCAACGGCAAGGAGGAGACCCCAAGACGGCUGGAUCUCCUCAGCCCUGACUGGGUUCCAAGCAUGUCCCCGUUUUCUAGCGUUUCCUCCCUGUCCUCCCUGGAUUCCCUUUGGGACUCCCUCAAUGAGUCACCCUCUGAAGUGGCUCUCAAGGAGGAAGAGCCACAAGAACCAGGGAGCCCUCCAGAGGAGGACGGGGAGGACAAGGAGGACGGGGAGGACCUUGAUUUGGCGUGCCCCCCACCUGAAGAACACCUGGAGGCAAGCAUAAUUGAGGACUGCGAGGAAGAGAGGCCCCCGAAGACCCCCACUUGCCUGGCUUCCAUCAUCUCCCGGAUUCGCAAGAUCUUCAGAAGAGCGCCGCCGCCAACACCACCAGUGCCACCGGGGCAACCCAGUCUUAAUCCUUGUGGUCCAAACUGGAGAGGAGGAAUAAAAGAUCUGAGCGCGGAGGCAAGCGGGGCGAGAAACCCAAACUCUCGUGGCCCUACGCCGGCGUCCCACAUGGCCAGCCCCAGUCCUAGAGCCUGUCACCUUUUGAGAUUGUGGAGCGGAACAGAGAAGACAGCGGGCAAAGGGGGGACGGCGAAGGAGAAGUGCGAGAGAACGACAGCGUCUGCGGUGGUGGAGGAGAAGGAGAAGGCAGGACUGAGAGGGGAACGAUCCUGGAAGGUGGCUUGAAAAGAAAGGGCAAAAUGGCGUAGGAAAACUGCUAGCUCACGCUGCCCACGCCCAAAGGAGGAGGAGGAAGGAAAGGAGGAAGGCAAGCGAGCAAGAAGGGACAGCUAAAGAAAGAACUGAGAAAAGAGACAGUGAGACCUUCUGGGGGUCAAAGAAAUUACAAUAAGAAGGAAACUGAGAGUUUUUAGGUUGCGCUCCGCGGCAACCUGGAAGUAACAAAAUGCAUUACUUCCGGGUUUUGCCAUUCGCGCAUGCGCAAACGCUCAAAAUGAUGUCAAGCGCAUGCGUGGAAGCAGCGAAUCGCGACCAGCACACGUGCAGACGUGGGUUGCGUUCGCUUCAGGAUGCAAAGGGGGCUCCGGAACGGAUCCCGUUCGCAUCCAGAGGUACCACUGUAUACUAAUGGGAGACUUAAAUGGAGUUACAUCGUUAGAGAUGGGAGUUAUUUGCCCAAUCAAGUGGGGCAUGGACUUUAUGAAACAGAUAAACAAACAAACAAACAAACAAAUAUUGAUAAAAAAUAAUAAAACUGCUAGAAUGCUA